AGAAAAGAGAAAAAACAUUCGACAGCAAACACAUAAGGAUAAUGCACAGUAUCUUUGUUUCUCAGGCCGCAUACCACAGCGAUGCUCAAUAUAACUAGUUCAAGCAAAUAAACUAGAAAAAGAAACUAUGUAGGACUUUGAAAUCGAAAAAUGUGUCUGCCUGCCGUAGCACUCCAGCAUGCAGCACGUGCGCAGAUGAAUGUACUUUGAACUUGACACUAUACACAACAUAGCAAGGGCAAGCGACCCUAAAUAGCCGACUGAUCGUUAGUACGCACGACCGUAGUUAAGCAUUCGACGCUAGAUCUUGCUUCGUGUUGCUGGACGAUCACGCUUUCGAAUUUUUAUACGCAGAUCAAAGAGAGGACCGAGACCUGUUAGCACCAUUCCGAAACAAACAGAAUGUCUCUCGAGUUUGGCGAUCUCGUGCUUGUAAUCGGCGACCAGCACAUACCGCAGCGAACCCGCGACCUUCCCGAAUGCUUCAAGGAUUUGCUGCAGACGGACAAAAUCAAGAUCGUGCUGUGCACGGGCAACUGCGGUAGCAAAGCCGUGUUGGAUGGAUUGCAGGGGCUAGGUAAAAAAAAGUAGAGUUGUUUGUUUGUAAAAGCUGAUGUUGCGCGGAGGCAGGUGUUGUUUUUAUGCUCAGUUAGAUGCUGUGCGGAGCGCAAGCGGUCCUUGCCAAGCAGGACUUAUUUUUUCACCAGGAACGAAGCUUCUUCUUCGCUGCAAAGGGUGUUGGCAUUGCAAAUUUCCCCACCACGACCUGCAGGUCACGAAGUCCACUGCGUCCGCGGCGAAUCAGAUGACAAGGCGAUCCUGGGCCGCGAACUCCCCGAGUCGCUCGUGGUCGAGGUGGGCGCGUUUAAGGUGGGCAUGAUUUCCGGGUACCAAAUACGCAGGAAAAGAACUGUGUGAGUGUAAGUUUCUUGGAGGAAUAGCAUCACAAGUUUGCUCUGCAUAACACAGAAAACCUGUCAUGCGAAGCUAGUACGUGAAAGCACGUACGAAAGUUGCUUCUGAUGCAUGUCCAGCAUGACAAGUGUAGCAGUUUUGCAUUUUCUGCAACACAAAGUUACACUAAAACAUUUUUUUUCUUGGAUACCAAAUCCUCCCCUGGAAAUCCGACGCCGCGUUGCUCCAGUGGCAGCGCAAGCUCGGUUGCGACGUGCUGAUCUCCGGGCACACGCACGAAGCCCGGUGCUUCGCCUUGGAAAACAAGUUGUUUCUGAACCCGGGCUAUCAAAUGCAAAAAUGUCUGGGUCUGGAAGAAUGCAAUUUGUCAUGCUAAAUCUGAAGCAUGCAAAAAUCUGUGUUGCAUGAUUACCAAAAGUCGUCCAGUUUUGACCAAGUCGGGAGGCAGUUUCUCAUGCAGGAUAGGCAUGGAUAAGAUCGCACAGAAUCUGUCAUGCUAUGUCCUGCAUUCCAGACCUCACAGGUCAUGGAAAAGCCGCAUGACAAAUCGCGCAUUCUUCCAGACCCAGACAUUUUUACAUUUGAUACGGGCAGCGCGACCGGGGCGGCGCAGCACUACGACGUCAGCCAGCUCUUCGCCAACGACUUCGCGAACGCGGCACGGGCCUUGCUGGCGACUAUGCAUUGCAAAUAUGUCUGGGUCUGGAAACUUGUGAUGCAAGUCUGUGAACAAUAAGUGCUCUGUAAUGCGGCGCCAAGCAUGACAAGUUUUUUCGUGCUUCUGUGCUGCGUAUUUCGCAUGAGAAACUACGCUUUUGCAUGACAGGCAAGAGGGCCUUUUGGUGGCCACGCAAUACAGAGUGCAGAGUCAUGCCGGACUAGCAUGACAAAUCUCGCAGUCUUCCAGACCCAGACAUAUUUGCAUUUGAUAGCGACGGCCGUGCAGCAACCUAGUCCGACGGGUGCAGCCGGUGGACCACCGGAGAGUGCAGCAACAGUGGCGAACUUGAAUAAAACCGGGUCUAAGUCCAGUGCUGCAGGACCGGAAGGAGAGGCAGCGACGGUCGUAAACGGAAGAGCAGCUGCGUCAGGGGAGGACAAAAGUGCUGAAACUGCUGCAGAAGAAGCAGAUGCAAAGGCGGAAGUAGGAGCUGACGCUGCAACGAACAAGGAGGGAGCUGAAACGAACACCCCGGCGGAACAACAAGGAACAGAAAGUAAAUCCGACGAGACCACAUCGUCACUACCUACCGCGGAAGGAGCUGAAGUGACGAAAGCUCCGAAAGCCGAGGGUGAGGCAGCAGACCCGGCUGACGCCGUAAUGCCGAGUGGCAUGAAAAAAAUGACUGCCGAGGUCGCAGCUGCUGCUCCGGUCGUUGCAGGUGAAGACAGUGCGCCUGGUGAACAAGGUGUUCCGCCACCACCUCCGCCACCCGCAGCUACCGACCCCGCAGUCAAUGCGGUCACAGAACAGAUAGCAAAUCUCGAUGUGGCGGCCGACGUAAUGCAACAGAAUCCACCGGAGGAUGGUUCUGCUGUGCCGGCGGUGCCCGCCGCUCCUGCGCCCUUACCGGCCAUGGGACAGUCCACACCAAGCUUCAUGCUGAUGGCGGUGCAGGGCGCAAUAUCAAAAUGAAAAAUCCCCCCUCCCCAUAUCAAAACGAAGUCUGUGAUGCUGGAUUUGCGUACACACAUCAGAUUUGUCUUGCUGGAGAGGACUGCAGGCCCAUACCAAGCCUGAGCAGAGAGGUUUUGGGCUGGGCUCUUAGCAUGAGAAACGUCUGCGCUGUAGGCCCAACAGCAUUACAAACCGCCUUCAUAAAGCGGCGGAGCCUGUGAAGUUGCCUUCUUGCAAGACAGAGAUGAUUUGUGGUCGCAAAUCAGCAUUGCCAAUUACGUACCUUUUCGAUAUGGGGAGGGGGGAUUUUUCCUCACAAUACGCAAAGGUGGUCGUGUAUGUGUAUAAGGAGGAAAACGGCGAGAUCACGGUGGACCAGUUUGACCAUCAGAAGUUUUAAGAAGCGGCCCGUGGCGGAAUUCUGUUUACACAUGAGAUGGGGAGGACCUUCAAUUGUACUUCGGGAAGAGGAUGAACAACCCCCAAAACUUCUUCAAGCAUAUCCUGAUUGAAGAAAUUUUCGUGAAAAACAAAGAGUAUUGACCAGCGCAAAGUACGUUGGUUUCUUCCCACGACGUCGUAUAUAUGAGUACAAGCUCGACCUCUAUAUCUUCGUAUUUCCAAGAACAGAACGCAAUCCCUGCUGACCGAUCGUGAUGCUCUCCUCCUCGUCCUCCAUUUGGGAGUUUAUUUAUCACUUCCGCAUACCUAU